AUGGAUUUUCCUCUCCAAUAUAAAACUUUUGAAUACAAGGCGCUUCCAUCGCCGACAUCUAUACGCCUCCUACGGCCAGUCGAACAACUGAAAAGCCCGGAAGCUGCUUCUAUCAAUGGGGUUCCCCUGUUGCAAUUUGUGCUUGAAGCCUCGGAGCGUAAUGAUCGACCUCUCUACGAUGCCUUAUCUUAUACUUGGGGAAACCCGAAACCUGUCCGGCACGGAUUGCCCGACGAAUACGAUACUCAGCAUAAACAUGUUAUAGCUGUCAAUGGCCGCCUAUUCUAUGUCACAAGGAACCUUUACGAGGCCCUUUGUCGGCUUCAAGAGCCCUGUAGAUCGCCGGAAGAUAUUAAUAAGCGAUAUAAACCCUGGAACAAGACGAGGCUCAUACAAGCUGCUGAGGAAGGAAACUUGACCCUGGUUAUGAGAUAUCUUGAGCAGGGCGCCGACCACACAUGCCAAGACAAGUUUGGUGAGACAGCUCUGCAUUACGCAGCCGAGAAUGGGUAUCCAGAGGUUGUGAAGGCCCUUCUUUUCGCAGGAGCACAGCCAGCAACCCUGGACAACACCAAUCGCGACCCUCUAGCCUGUUGUAUUUCACGGAAACGCCGCCAGUGGGAUGAAACUUGCGAGAUCCUACGCAAUUGGGUCGCUCAACCCAGAGGCAGAUCUCAUUUGGAAGCGUCUACAUCUGGGAGAGGAGUACCUCUCUGGAUUGAUGCCAUAUGUAUCAAUCAGGAUGACAUUGCUGAACGCAAUAGCCAAGUUGCAAUGAUGUCGCAAAUCUAUGGGUCGGCGCGAUGUGUUGUGGCAUGGCUUGGAGAAGAAGACGAUACGACUAACGCGGCUUUCAAUUGCUUGUCAAACAUCCCCCAGCCAUCGACUGCUAUUGCUAGAAGCUACCAUAACUCUUAUGCACGGUACUGCGAUCAUGUGAGAGGGAAAGUCCUUGACGUAAAUGAGAGGCCUCACAAUCUCCCCAUGUCAAUUGCCGAGGUACAAGCUGUGAAGAGCUUAUUUACCCGCACCUGGUUCUCACGUACAUGGGUCAUCCAGGAAGCGUCACUUGCCAGAGAGAUCGACAUCAUUUGUGGCUCCUUUCAUUUUGAGUGGUCGAGUAUAUUCACCCUGUUGUUUAUGCUUUUUGGCGAGAGCGGAUCGAAUGAUAUACUAAGCGAUGGUGGUCCCCCUGCAAAAUUCGGAAAGGCUGGACCAAAUGCACAAAUCUUGACUCUUUUCGCCAUCAGAAGCCGAACUGCCCCCAAUUCCAGAGAAGCAAGAGAAGCAAGAAAGUAUUUUCUUGGAAAAGACAUCGUCAACCCUCCGUGCAGUCAAUUGAGCAUACUUGCCUUGUUUCUUCUCACUUGGGACUUCGCUGUGUCUGACGGGAGAGACAAGGUAUUUGCAUUGAUGAAUGUGUCAGAGCCUUCAGAAGGAUUAGCAGCUGACUAUUCGAAGUCAAUCGCUGAAGUGUUCACCGAGAUGGGCAUGACCCUUCUCCGUGCCAAGGGAUACAAUAAAGUUCACGAUUUACAGGGGGAGAUAGUCGACGAUUUGGACCCCUCGAAUUGCUAUCUUUUGUUCAAAAACCUGGGACUCCACAAUGGAAGGUAA